CCCCCCCCCCGUCCGUGCAAGGAAACGUUCAACGUGUUCUAUCACGAAUCCGACACCGACUCGGCCACGGCCUCGACCCCCCCGUGGAUGGAGAACCCGUACGUCAAAGUGGACACGGUGGCGGCCGAACAUUUGGCCCGACCCGGCCGGAACAACGGGCGACCCGAGGGGAGGGUGAACACGAAGACGUUACGUUUGGGACCUUUAAGCCGCGCCGGGUUCUAUUUGGCCUUCCAGGACCUGGGCGCCUGCAUGGCGCUGCUCUCCGUCCGGGUUUACUUCUAUCGCUGCCCCGCCGUGCUCACACGAUGGGCCCGGUUCCCCGACACGGUGCCCAAGGAGCUGGUGGCUGCGGUGACCGGGAGCUGCGUGGAUGGGGCGGAACCGGAUGGGAACGGGGAGAGACCCAGCAUGUACUGCAGGGAGGACGGGAGGUGGGCACAGCCACCAACAAGGGGAUGCCGGUGUGCGGCGGGGUGGGAAACGGAGCGGGACACGUGUAGGGCCUGCCCCCCAGAGACCUUUAAGGCGGAGCCGGGGCCGGAGCGGUGCCGGCCGUGCCCCCCCCACAGCCGUGCCCCACAAGUGGGGGGCAGAACGUGCAGCUGCCACAGCGGGUACUACAGAGCACCAGGGGAGGGGCCUGAAGAGCCCUGCACAGCCCCCCCCUCCGCCCCCCGCAGCAUCGUUGCCCACCUCAAUGGCUCCUCGGUCCUCCUGGAAUGGAGUGAACCCCGUGACGGGGGGGGCCGCCCCGACACCACUUAUGGGGUGGAAUGUCGCGCCUGCCCCGAACGCGACCCACGGAACCGCUGUGGGUCCUGCGCCCAUCUCAGCUUCCAGCCCGGAUCUAUGGGGCUGAGCCAACGUUCCGUCAGCGCCGUGGGGCUGCGGCCCUACAUCACGUACACGUUCACCAUCACCGCACGCAAUGGGGUGUCGCACCUCAGCCCUAUAGCGGCGCCAGGAGAGGAGAUCAACGUCACCACCACAAGGGAUGUGCCCCCCCCCGUACAGGAGGUGUUACGGGUCGGGGGGUCCCCAACGGGGGGGAGAAGGAGUCUGCCGAUCCGUUGGACGCCCCGGAAGCCAUCGCAGUUUCCGGUCCUUAGUCGCCCUGCUCAGGAUUUCCGGUUUGCCGCCCCCCCCCCGCUCGCCGCGGUGGCGCUGCAUCGAUUUGAUGCUGCAGUGCUGGGAGCGGAGACGCAGCGCCAGGCCGCGAUCCUGACAUCGUCAGAGCCCUUGACGCUCAUCAUGCGCCGCGCCAAUCAGAUUGAGGGAAACUGCCCACGUGGCACCGGGGAGCUGCAGUGCCUGGAGGUGCAGCCGGGGGGGCAGCAGCUGCGGUGCAUCCUCAGCAGUGCCCACAAUAUGGCGGACGAGGCGCCCAAAGGUGCCGCCCACGGACCCCCCCUCUGA